GAGUUGCAGCCGGAGAGAUUAUCAUGUCAGGGGUAAUCCGACUCGGCUCACAGGCACAACUACAGAGGAGGGAGGAGCAACAGUUGAAGGGGGAGAAAAGCAGGCAGAAGCUCUCUGCUCCACUUACGGUUACUACUUUCUUCCAACUCACCCAUCUUCACCCGCUGUGGAACUGAAGAGAAGACCUGCUACAGGAGGGGGGGGGGGGGGAGAUAAGGAGGCGUUAUCUCAGGAGAUGAUCUGUGACAGAGGGAAUAAGAACUUCCAUAAGAUCUGUUUCGUUGUGUCCUUGUGCUCCAGGUUGGGGUGCCGCCUUCUAUUUCAGGUGACUCAAGGGAAACCAAACAUAUGGAUGGAGUGGAGUUUCCUCAAGAGAGCCACGUGUCUCUAUUAGUUCCCAUCUUUCAAUGGAUCAAUGUGAGUGCCAGGAAGAUCAGCACUUAACAUUCAGAGGAAUGCUGAUUGGGAUCUUUGCGAAAGACCACGGGUCUACAGAAAUUCAUAAAAAGAAUAACAGAGCCUGGACCUGAAUCAAGUCAGGACACCUCCCUGAUUUCUCAGAGGCUUGCGGGUGUCUGGAGUUGUGAUGACUUUCAGGAAAAGGAACGGGAAUCUUCAGCUGCGAUGAUGGACUUGUCCAGCCAGCACUUGCCUGUGGAGGUCAGCUGAAGACGACGCCACACAGCUAAGUCUGGAUUAGCCAGCCGCACGAGUUUCAAUGCUCCUCCACGUUCUAAGAUGAAGUUAUGGAAAAGUGCAACUUGUGCCUUCACGCUCUGCAGCACAGCUCUGUCCAUCCUUCUCGUUAGAAACAUGGCCACUACCGGACACUUCAAACCCAAAACAAAACACACAGCCUCAUCCUCCUCCAGACUGUCAUUGUCGUCGGAAUCAUCGUCAUCAUCCAGGACCUCAUCAGCAUCUUCAUUGUCAGCCUCUUCAGCAGCGUUGCCCCUGGCGACAGGCGGUGUUCAGCGUAGAAUCCGGUCAGCAGACAACAUGAACUCUCUCCUAUCAGAAUUUUCCACAAUAUUCCAGAGCUUCACGGAGAGUGAGCUGCAGCACGUGUUAAGGACCUUACUGGAGAGGAGACGGCGGAAGACCCGGCGCCUGGACGACAGCCAGGCCCGGAGGACUAAAAGAGCCCGGAGGCCGAGGCCGUGCUCUGUGAGAGAGCUGGAGCUCACCGUCAGUGAACUGGGUCUCGGCUACGAAAGCGACGAGACGGUUUUGUUCCGCUACUGCAGUGGGAAAUGCAUGGGCCACCGGCGCAACUACGACAUCACCGUAGAGCACAUGAGGCAGACGGCCUUCAGUCAGAAGGUACGUAAGGACAAAGUGAGCAGCGGGCCCUGCUGCCGGCCCACCGCCUACGAAGAGGAUAUUUCCUUCCUGGACAACAAGAGCCGCUAUCACACGAUACAGAACGUGUCGGCAAAGAAUUGUGGGUGUGUAUGACCCAGAGAAAUUUGACCUUUGACCUCUAUUGACAUGCUGCUUGCAGGAACCAUUGGAGGACUUGAGUGUGGAUACUGUUUAAGAACAAAAUGAGUAAAACUAUGGAAUAUAAAUACAAGAACAUUGGAAUAUAAUCAUUGCUGCCCCCUGCUGGCAUUUGUGGACAAGCAGACUUGGAAUCACUGAUGUCAGAGCGAAUCGCAGGCAUAAACGUUAUUGUAAAAAAAACAAAACUGUUGAUACCCAAAGGUUUUUACUGUCUUUUCUAUCUGUGUAGUAACACUGUAAAUUGUGGUAUAACAACAGCGUAGCAACAAUACAGUAGUGACAUUACAUUUCACUAAUAACACAAGUGCAGCAGAUUACUGCUGUAGUAUGUCUAAAUUUUGUAGGAAUUAUCAGUGUAGCAGAAACAACAAAUCACCUCGGAGUGCUUAAAAAAAUAAAUAACAAUAAUUACACUGACUGACACAUUCUGUGCAGGUCUGUUUGGAUUUAGCUAUUUUUUUAAAUCCCACUGAUCAAAUAAUCACAUGCUGUGAUCAGCUGUUGCUGUAAAGUAUAUUAAUUUAAAGGGGUCAUAUUAUCUACCUUGGUAAUUUAAUAUAUUUAGGGUUUCAUGUUAAAAAUUGGUCCUGUGACAGACUGGUGUCCUGUUCCAGGUGUACCCCGCCUCUCGUCCUGUGAUUGUGGAGAGAGGCUCCAGCCCCGCAUGGCCCCUGAUUGGAGUAAGUGGGUAUAGAAAAUGAAUGAAUGAAUGAAUGAAUGUUAAAAACAGUCAAACCUCUACAGGUGUCUCUGUAUGUUAAAAACAGUCAAACCUCUACAGGUGUCUCUGUAUGUAGACUCUAAAGCUGCACUCAGAAAGCACAUACGAGGUCUGUUAGAAAAGUAUCUGACCUUAUUAUUUUUUUCAAAAACCAUAUGG